UGGGGUCUGCCUUGCCAGCAAUUCGACAGCACUCCGCCAGUGCCUGCUAGCAUCUCUCCCUCCUCCUCCCUAUCCCUCCCUCCUUUCCACCCUCCCCCACCCACUCCUUUCAUCAGAAAGGGAUGAGGUAAUCCCUGCGAGGGCUCGUGAAGCACAGCCAGAGUGUGAGCGAGACAGGGAAGCAGUACGAGAAAGAGCCUGUGCGUAGCUGAGAGAGAGAGAGAGAGAGAGAGAGAGAGAGAGAGAGAGAGAGAGAGAGAGAGAGAGAGAGAGAGAGAGAGAGAGAGAGAGAGAGAGAGAGAGAGAGAGAGAGAGAGAGAGAGAGAGAGAGAGAGAGAGAGAGAGAGAGAGAGAGAGAGAGAGAGAGAGAGAGAGAGAGAGAGAGAGAGAGAGAGAGAGAUGACAGUAGCAGCAGAGUGCGAGGGGCUGGAGUCCUGACCAGCAGUAGCAACUGUAGUGUUAGCUAGCGUUAGUAGCAUAGCAGCCACACGGUUUUGAGUGAGAUGAGCCGCUGCCGUGGCUGCUAGCGAGGAGCGCUGCCUGCCUGCUGUGGGACAGUGACAGAGGAGAGGAGAGCUGGUGCUAGGGUCCUCAGGGUGGAGUACAGCCGUGAGCUGAGCCGUAAGGAGAGGAAUCAUGACUGAACGCUGUAGCCUAUGGAGCGCCCUGUCGGCAGCCGCCUGCUGUUUCUACAGAGGCUCCUUCAUGCAGGUGCAGUUCUCCAAGGAGAAGUACCUGCUGGAGUCUCCACCGGAGAAACUACGGAAGGAGCUGGAGGAGGAGCUGAAACUCUGCAGCAGCGAUAUCAGGAGCCAUGGCUGGUACCAUGGACACAUCCCUCGAGAGCUAUCGGAGACUGUAGUCCUGCAGAACGGAGAUUUCCUGAUCCGUGAUUCGCUGAUUAACAUGGGCGACUACGUCCUAACGACCCGCUGGAACCACGAGGUUCUGCAUUUCAAGAUCACCAAGGUCCUGGUCAAGUCCAGCACUGAGUCGAAGGUCCAGUACCUGUUAGAGACGGACAGCUUCGACUCCAUACCUGAACUGGUGAGGUUCUACGUGGCCGGCCGGCGGCCUGUCUCCCAGCCCAGUGGAGCCCAGAUCUACUGUCCAAUCAUACGCACCCUACCCCUGCGCUACCUGGAGGCCACAUUUGCCUUAGCCAAUAGCAGGCACAGCCUGGCCCACUCACCGUCCAGUCAGAGAGGAGCGUACAUCAAGAGGCGGAGCGUAACCAUGAACGACGGAUUGACCACAGAGAAGCUGAUACCUCACAGUGAUGUGGAGUCCAUCAGUCCAGUGGAACCACCAGUUCUCCCAGUACCAGUCCCAGUAGCUACACCCGUACCAGUGGUACCAAAGCCAGAAGUGAAAGCUGCUGUCGUGGGGUGCAGGUGCCCUUCUACUAUUCACAACCACAAGGAUGCGAUGAGGAACUGUGCCGUGAGUAUGGAUCAGAUCCAGGAGUAUCGCUGUCCCCUGUCUCCUGUAGGAGAAACACCUCUCUCCCCAGCAUACAGCCACAUCCACAGACACAGAACCCAGUCAGGGGGUAGAGUUCUGGCAGUGGUUCCCCCCUCACCAGUCCUGAGACGCUCCAGCGAGCCCCAGCUCAGCCCUGGCUCCAACAACAACCUACCCGACAUGCUAGCUGCCAGCUCCCACUCCACCCCGGCCCACUGCUCCUGCCCAGCCCCAGCAGGGGGCUCUGGAACAGAGGGAAGCUACUGCGACCUCAGGCCCUCCCCGGCCCCAUGUCCCGGGGCUCCAUGUGCCGCUGGUAUGCCCUCCACGCCUCCAGCUAAGAGCUACGUGGAGCGGCUGCGUGUGGAGGAGGGCCGAGGGCCUGCCCCAGGGAGGGAGAACGGAGCAGGGGCUGGGGGAGAGGCGUUCAGCGCCCCCCUGGUGGAGACUGCCUCCUCCUUCAGACCAGGGAAGUACCUGUCGCCCCUGAUCCCCCAGGAGAACAAGCCCUUGGAGAUGAGCGUGCUGAAGCGAGUCAAGGAGUUGUUGGCUGAGGUGGACGCUAGGACGGCUGCCAAACACAUCACAAUGGCCGACUGCACGGUGGCAAGGAUACUGGGCGUUACCAAGGAGAUGCAGAGGAUGAUGGGAGUAGGUUCAGGACUUGAGCUUUUGACUCUACCUCACGGACAUCAGCUGAGACUGGACCUACUGGAGAGGUUCUACACCAUGUCUAUAAUGAUGGCUGUGGACCUGCUGGGGUGUACAGGCAGUACAGAGGAGAGGGCUGCUCUGCUCCAUAAGACCAUACAGCUGGCUGCUGAACUCAAGAGCAACCUUGGGAACAUGUUCGGCUUUGCUGCUGUGAUGAGAGCACUGGAGCUGCCACAGAUUUCUCGUUUGGAGCAGACGUGGAUGACGUUGCGUCAGAGACACACAGAGGGAGCCAUCCUCUAUGAGAAGAAGCUCAAGCCCUUCAUGAAGAACAUGAACGAUGGCAAAGAGAGCAGUGUGCUGUCCAACACGUCCUUCCCUCACGUGGUUCCUCUGCUGUCUCUGUUGGAGAAGGGUGUGGCCGUGGGGGAGGGGCCAGGGGCAGGGAUAGAACCCUGGGAGAACGUGGAGGCGGGUGUUGAUGUGGUGAUGUCACACCUGGAGGCGGCCCGGACCAUCGCUCACCACGGGGUGCUGUACCGCACCAAUGCUGAAACCAAACUACAAGGCUUCCAGGAGAGUCAGGAAGUUCUGGAGAUCUUCCGGACAGAGUUCCAGAUGAGGUUGCUAUGGGGAAGCAGGGGUUCGGAGGGCAGCCAAUCGGAACGCUAUGAGAAGUUCAACAAAGUCCUGACCGCUCUGUCUCACAAGCUGGAGCCUCCUGUACGCCACAGCGAACUAUAGCACCCAUCUCACUGAACACCCCUAUACAAAGCACUGCGCUCACAGUGGUACGACCCGCUUCCCCAUACUGCAAGGCACCUUGAUGUGGAUGUCCAAAGUGAAUAAGUGGGGAGGAGGCCGACUAAACCGAGACAAAAGAGUGUACUUAGAGAAGACAGGAGGCGAGAAGGAGCAUCUCACUGUAUAUCCCCCCCCAAAAAAAGGCACAAAGGGCUUUUUUCAGAGCUCUUCAAUAGGCUGUAAUAUUUCCCUCCCUAAAUGCUGAAAGACAGAGUGGGUCGAGGAGGAGUGGGAAAUUGGGUAUUCUUCUACCCAUCAGCAAGCUACAAAGAACUACAGAUAUGGUGUGCGCUGAGGGUCAAACAGUGCAUGAGAAGUUGGAUCUAGCUGAUCUCUGGUAGAUCACAUGAAGCUCUGAUCUGUCUUCAACACCUUCAUUAUUACCUUUACUAUUACGUCUGUACUUACUGGCUCAUUGUCGCACACUGUUCUGUCAGAGAGUAAUAGUAAACACAGUGUGUGUGUGUGUGUUCUGUCUGACUUGAAGAGAGAGUCCUAUUUAACACAAUGUGUGUGUACUUCAGGACACCAGUACCCCAGAGAUACAUCGGCAUCUAUCUCUAUGACUUCUGACCUGUCUCAUCGGACCUCAGCUUCUGACUGAGAGGUUGUGUGUUCUAGAAUCUCUUCUUCUUGUAUAGACUCUCUGUGUGGCUGCCAUUCCUUCAUCACAUAGUCCAUCAGGUCCCCUGUUGUUGACACACGCAGUGUGCUCAUACAGACAGACACUUAUUCGCCCCCACAACACACAAUAAUGUAUGUUGCCAAGUCAUAUCAGCUGUUGGAGGCAUACUAAGCAAUUCUCUCUGUGGGUUUUGUUUGUGUGCUGUUCAGAAGCAGUUCUCUUAUUGAGGCUCUUCUGAGAAGCAUCCCCUCUCCUUAUCUCUGGCAUGUCAUCCAUUUUUCAUAUGACUCUGAUUUUGUUUGAGUACCGUUUGGUAUCCUUUAUUUUAAUAGGAGCUAUUUUGGGAAGCUCUCCCUCUCCCUCUCCCUCUCCUUAUCUCUGGCAUGCCAUUAAUGUUUCAUAAUGACUCCUGUCCCAUUGACAUCAUAUGAGCAUGUUUGCCUUGUCCUCACUUGUCACAAACACACCAUUAGAAAUAUCCUUAAAGCACUCUGACCUGUUUGAGUGAAUUAAUGUGCUUUUUUACAUGUAAAAACACUGACUACUCUUUUCUUCAACUUUAUUUAGAUAACGUUUUUCUGUGUGGUUUUAUUGCUGACCGGCAGAUUUUGUUGACAUGUUUGAAGACUUUGUUGACAUGGUAACAUAACAUGUUUGAGCCUCUGCUGUUGCCGUAUAGGAUUCAGGUUUUAACCAGUGUGAAUGAAUGUGCUUUAGUCUGAAAGUGACCAGAAUGUUCUCAGGGCAGAAUGGAGGCCCCCUCAGAUCUAGCCUGGUCCCAGACCUGUUUGUGCUGUCUUCUUGCCAACUUCUCUGGUCAUUGUCAGCCAAAGAAACUAAACGAGAUUGCAAAACAACAGAAAUAGAUGUGGGAUCAGGCUACCUCAAACCCCCUCAGUGACUGUAUGAUGUGUUUUGCUUUGUAUGUAUGAUAACGUGUGUUUGAUAUGAUAUGGACAGAGUGUUGAAAAGGACAUUUAGAUUUUAAAACCAUCAAAAGCGUUUUUGAUUUCACAUAUUUACUGUAGGAUCGUGCGAUUUUCACUCACUCAAAUUCAUAAAAUGUUCUCUUUUAAAUUGUAUUGUUGCUGAAAUGCUUUAGUAAAAUGCAACAUCAAGAUGAGGGCUUAAAGGAAUCUGUCAACGUCCUUGGAACUAAAUACAGUGUGACCUUUGACCUUUUGAUCACAUAAUACCUGGCAACCUUUCCUCUGCCGACUCCUAAGCAGUGUUGUGUUGAAACACAAAAGCACUAUGAAUGAAGAUGACGAUUUAUUUUCGAUCUGUUUGUUGAAGUGUCAGUGUCUGCUGAUUGCUUUCCAAUCCAUGAUGUAUUUAGGCCUGAGAUAGAGAGCUGACUCUCAGAUCUAUGCAAUCACUUUUAAAUCAAUUAAGAGUCCCAUAGAAAACAAGCAGAGUAGACACUGCUGCCCCUGAGGAUGUGAGUCGUGUCCUGCUGGGAACAAUCCACUUGAACGCCCCUCUAACUGGUAUGUACUACUGGAAACUCGUCUAUCGUCCCUGAGCUACAACUUCUCCCACAUGCUGACCACUGACGUCACCUACUAAGAAAAUGACCUUGAUAACAGCAUUUGAGAGUUCAAUGCAACAACAAAACAAUUUAUAAAAAGCAAUCAAUUAAUAUGGGUUUUGAAUACUAUAAUUGGUUUACAAGCAUGAUAGCUGUACUUUUAGUUUAUGGUUGAGCAGCUUGUUGGCCAUUAGCCAAUCAGCAUUCCUCAAUGAGUUCAAAGCAUGUGAAUGCAUCCAACUGGUAUUUAUCACUUUACAACUGGUAAUGACCAGCUUCCUACUUGGUUAUGAAUGCAGCAUAAGUGCCAGCCAGCCAGAAAGUGCAUCGCAGGUCGUAUUCAUAAGGCACCAAACAAAGGAAAACAUAGUGAAACAUGGAGGGAUUAUGAAUUUUGUUUUAUGUUGCAAAAUGUUUUGCUACAGUGUGCCCUAAUGAACACGACCCCAAUCAGCCAGUGAGAAUAAAGGGGAGAGCCAAAGUCCAAUUGCCUAUCUUGUCCAGUAGAGGGCACUAUAGUUCAGUCAGCAAAAAAAAUAAAAAUAGAAGACACCUUGAUUUGAAUCUUUUUUUGAGUGUUUUUGUGAUUUAUUAAUAAAGCCUACUGGUUUAGGAACGAUUUGAUGAUGUACUGUAUGUAAUUAUGUUUGUCUCACCUUAUGUUGUACAGAUUACAUGUGUGCUUUUUUUUCCUGUUGUAAAUAAUCAUUCUGAAAUGAUGAACCUAUAAAGAAAAAUGACAAAAAACUCCCAUGUUUGUGACCCCAUGUUUUUUUAUGUACUGUACAUAAUGGUUCACUUGUUUUUCAAAUAAAAUAAAACUCGAGUCAAUGACG